AUGACGCCUGUCUUAGAGCUCAAGGAAGUGGUCUCUGCUGCUGCUUUUGCUGCUGCUGCUGCUGUCUCCCGCUCCCUCAAGGCGGAUGUCUUUACGGGUCUUUCGCAAAGGUUAAUGGGCCUUCAAGAUUCUCCUGGGGGCCUCAGCGACGUGCCGCUGCUUGCAGAGAUUCUGCUGCGGAGACAACAACUGAAGACAGACUCUUUUGAUGUCUUAUCGAGGCUGCUGCACAGACACCUCGAUGUAAUGGAGCCGCAGGACCUCGCCCGCCUCGCACGCUUCUUGAGAGAUGCAAAGGAGGCGUCUCUGGGAUCGGAGACACUUUUAAAUGCUACGAGUCGUCGCGUCCUUCGUCUGAGCCCAGUUUUUGCUGCUGCAGACCUGAAGGAGACAGUUGCUUCUCUCAUGCAUGCAGGGCCCCCUCAGCGGCGCUACGCUUUGCUGCUGCAGAGAGCAGCAGCAACAGACAGGUGGGGCCGCCCGCUGCUGGAGUCGCCGCAGCAUACUGCAGCAGCAGACGCAACAGCAACAGCAGCAGCAGCAGCAGAUGCAUGCGUCCUCACCCCCGAGGACCUAGAGGGUUCGCUGCAGCGUAUCUACCCUACACCCGGCGAGUUGCUGCUGGGUCGCGCAGCAGUGAAAGCGCGUGAGAAGGCGCGAGCAGCAGCAGCAGCAGCUGCUGCUGCUGCUGCUGCUGCUGGGGGCACACCCACAGGCUCAGCGGCAUCCUCUGCUGCUGCUGCUGCUGCUGCUGCUGCUGCUGCUGAGUCGCCUGUUCGGAGACGUUAUAGCCACCGCAAACGAAUAUUAGAGGAAGAGGGCUGGGAUUUGCUGCAUCGCAGGGUGGGGGCAAUGAGAGACAUUAAGCGCUGGCUUUAA